CAUAUAUACGUGGAUCAGGGCUACUUUAAUAGUUUGUAUUAUUGUAUAUAAUUGCACUAGUUCUAGUUACAAUUACAAUCAAAAGAAGAAUUUCAUUUCUUUUGACAGGAAAAAAAGAAAAAAAAAAUGGGUGGGUUUGAGAAUUACAAGCCUGCAAUUGCUAUGGUAGGAUUGCAAUUUUCUUAUGCUGCUGUUUCACUCUCAACUAGAGUAGCUCUUUUACAAGGAAUGAGUCCAAGGGUCCUUGUGGUCUACCGGCAAGCCAUAGCCACUUUGGUUAUUGCCCCUAUUGCUUAUUUCUCAAGGAGAAAAUCCGGUGGGUGUUCAAUGGGAUUAAGGAGUUUUUACUUGAUAUUUUUGGCCUCUUUAAUUGGUGUUGCAAUCAACCAGAAUAUUUAUUUUGAAGGACUAUAUUUGGCCUCUGCAUCAAUGGCAAGCGCAAUGGGAAAUCUUGUCCCAGCAGUGACAUUUUUAAUUGCAUACUUUCUUGGAUUAGAGAAGGUGAAGAUUAGAAGCUUGAGAAGUAUUGCCAAGAUACUUGGAACUAUGUUAUGUGUCAGUGGUGCCAUGUCCAUGGCACUUCUCAAAGGCCCAAAACUACUAAACGCAGAGCUACUACCUAAGAAUUCUGUUUUCGGGUCCGGCGAAGAAAAAUGGUUGUUGGGUUGUGUAUUACUCUUUGUUAGCUGUUGUUUCUGGUCAAUUUGGCUGAUUUUGCAGGUUCCAGCUUCAGCAAGUUAUCCUGACCACUUAUCUAUGUCAGCUUGGAUGUGUUUCAUGGCGACAAUUCAAUCAGCAGCAAUCACACUGUUCUUCGAGAGAGACCUUGAAACCUGGAAAUUACAUUCUGCUUUGGAACUUGGUUGCUGUUUCUUUGCAGGAAUAGUAGGGUCCGGGAUUUCAUUCUUUGUUCAAGCAUGGUGCAUAUCACAAAGGGGCCCUCUCUUCUCUGCAAUGUUCAAUCCUUUAUGCGCAGUUAUUGUGACCAUAUUGGCUGCUAUAUUUCUUCACGAGAAAAUUUAUACUGGGGGGUUGGUAGGUGGUAUUGGUGUGAUUAUUGGUUUAUACAUUCUGUUGUGGGGUAAGGCUGAAGAGAUUAAAGAGACAAAGGAGGAAACUGAUCCGAAGCUGCAAAAGAGUGAGUGGAAACAAGUUGAGGAAUCUUUGGAAAAAGACAGUUGUAAAAGUGAUUUGGAGGAACCUCUUUUAUCUGACCAGUCAUCAUUAGUUAAUUGACAUGAGAGGGAGAAAUGUCAUCAAGUAGUGUAAUUUUGUUUUCUUUUUCUUUUUUUUUGUUUUUUGUUUUUUUUUUUGUGAUGAACG